GGCGAGUGGGGUGAGCUCUUAACCGAGAGGGCCUGAACGAACCAAGGUGAGAGGUAAAGCGCGGAGCCGUUUGGGAUCGCAACUCUUGCGAAGGGAGGACGUCGGGUUUUCCAGCACCUCACCUCCUGCUCUUCCAUGGGUUGUAAAAUGACAUGCUAAAAGAAAGCCUUGUACUAGUUUUCUUUUCUCGGUGUUUACACUGUCUUCAAAAAGGGACUGAUAAAUAAGAGUUCAGUUAAGUUCCUUAUGUCCUCCCCUGAAAUUGCUUCCCUAUCAUGGGGGCAAAUGAAAGUACAAGGCUCUACUAAAACCUAUAAGGACUGCAAAGUGUGGCCAGGGGGAAGUCGGGCGUGGGAUUGGAGAGAAACAGGAACCGAGCAUUCUCCUGGUGUGCAGCCUGCAGAUGUGGAGGAAGUUGUCAAGAAGGGUGUGCAGACUCUUGUGAUUGGCCGAGGGAUGAGUGAGGCCUUGAAGGUGCCUCCAUCCACUGUGGAGUACCUCGAGAAACAAGGCAUUGAUGUGCGGGUCCUCCAGACAGAGCAGGCAGUGAAGGAGUAUAAUGCCUUGGCUGCCCGAGGCAUCAGGGUGGGAGGGGUCUUCCAUUCCACGUGCUGAUGGAGCCUUACGGAGAAUAAAUCACUAAGCCACGAUG